GUGAUACUUUGUGUCAAAAUGGUGGACAAUGUCAACAUCAGUAACCAUGCUAUUGUAAAUAGUUUCAUUUAACUGCAUGUUAUAAACUUGAUUGAGUUCCAAAAUAAAAUUCCAAAGAAAAAACAUUUUCAUCAACCAGUGUACCACCAUCAGUGAGUAGAUAUAAGAGAAGGAUAAGAUGCUAGUUUGGAUUAUUUGGAAAAAUAUUCACCAGCAUUAAGUGUUGAUUUUAGUGAAGGAACAUAUUGUUAUUUGGAUUUUACCUCUAUCUCUAACCAGAAACUAUGAAAAUGAAAAGACUUGUUGGAGACUGUAGGGAAACCGUUACAUUUUUAUGGCUAUGGUGGUUGUACUAAUACAACAAUGCCAGAGAACCCAAACAUUGAUCCUGAGUCAGGAUCCAACGGUUUCUAUAAUGCCAAUGUUACCAUGGCAACCACCAAUAAUAACAGAAAUAAUAACCGGAAUCAGGGUAUUCCACGGGUGUCAUCCGCUGGCAUCAAGUAUUAUGACAUUGCUACACAGUUGCUCGGCAAGAAUGGCUCUGAUUUAGAAGAGCUAUUUAUAGCUGCAGCCAGGGAUGGGGUAUAUGAGAAGAUAGAGAAUUUCCUGCACAGAAACAGAAGUGAUUAUGUUAUCAGUAUAGAUGUGAAGGACAAAAAGACUGGAAAUACACCGUUAAUCUGGGCCGCCAAGAGGGGACAUGCUAAGAUUGUACAACUUUUGUUACGGCAUGGUGCUGAUAUAACAUUACGCAAUUAUGAAGGUCAAACAGCUGUAGAGGUCGCCUCACCGUCUAUAAGGUCAAUACUGCUGGAAUCUGUGGAGAGAAGUACGGAGGCGUCUCAUCAAUUACUGCUGCAGGCAGCUUGGCAAGGAGAUAUACAAGUUGUCUCUAGAUUACUGAGUCAGAAGAAGGUGUUAGAUAUCAAUUGUCAAAAUGCUGAUGGUUUUACACCUGUUAUGUUAGCUACACGUGACAUGCAGUUGUUUGAAAAACUGUCAUCACAGAUGUCGAGAAAUUAUAAUCCUAUAGAGGUUGUCACAGAGCUACUGGCUGCCAGAGCUGACCUACAUGCCUCAGAUGGUGAUGGUAAAUCAUGUGUACAUCAUGCAUCACAGUCCAAGGCUCAAAUUGCCCAAAGUGUUCUUACUUCAAUUAUCUCAGGAGCCCCAAAUCUAGAACAAAAGGACAAAAGAUGUUUUGCUCCAUUACAUUGUGCGUCGUUGACUGGUAACGCAGAUUGUAUCAGUGCACUGCUGGACGGGGGCUCAGAUGUCAACUCCAGGGGUUUUGCUGGGGCAACCGCUCUACAUAUCACAUCCUACAACAAUCAUGAGAAAGCUACAACAGUGCUGCUGGAACAUGGUGCUAAUGUUACAUUAACCGAUGACCGAGGAUUAACUCCCUUGGAUUUUGCUAAAACUCGUAAAAUGAAGAAAAAGUUGCAAGAAGCUUGGGCAGAAGUGAAAAGUUCGAAAUCAACAACAAGUUUAGGACCAAUUAGGGCACAUAGUCGGGAAGAUCUCAGAUCAUCUGUGGAGGACUUGACCAAAAAACGCAAAGGGAAAGGUGAAGUUAUAUUUGAGGGACUGCCGAAUAAUCCCUUCACUGAUUCUAACAAGAAGGAUGCCAUGAGCAUGAUUCUUCUAAAAAUUGAUCCCAAAGGUAUAACAAGACAUCUGAGUCUAAAAGAGAAGUCACGAGGCGAAGAUGAAUUUUCCCAGAGUCACCUCAGAGACAAUGUUCGUAAGCUGGGACAGGUUCGGAACCAGCAGAAACCUACACCACUGCCGAGAACCAAAUCUCGAAGUACAGAACGUUUACCCGUCAUAAGUCCGGAUCGUGUGAGUUCAGAUCGUAAUCUUGAGUCACCUGUCAUGUUUGGGAGGAACUCUAGAUUAAGACGGUCUUUUGAAGACCGGAAAAAUGGGCGGGGACGGAAAGUAAACCCACUUACUGCCAGGGAAAGCUCAAACCUGACUGAUGAUGUGUUUGAGAGAUUUUCCCCAGCGCCGGUAUCACCGACCCCUAGUCAUAGACGCAGUGAGUCUGAUCCAAACAGAGGUACACCAAACCUAAUGGAGCUGGCAGCAUCAUGUGAACCCUACUUACACAGCCAGAAAAGAGGACGUUCUUAUUCUGUCAAUUCUAACCCUGCUAACGACCUUGAGGCAAACCGGUGUACACCAAACCAGCGAGAGUUCACUCCCUUUCAUAGGGAAGGAACGACAACCACUUUACAAAGGGAGGCAACUCUCAUGAGUGUUUGUUCGUAUCGUACAGACAGUAGAAUGUCAACUAACUCUAACUCCCCAAGGAUGCUUAACCUUGGUCAAAUGUUGAGUAAAAACAAGACUCCUGUACAACAUCUGUAUGGCCCUGGUUCCAGUAAGGUGAUCCCCCCUACACCAACAUUCAUUACUCAAAGAUCUGACGGCAAAUCGGAGAGUGAUAUUUCACCAAGAUCUGAUGAAGAUUCUGAAGUCAGCAGAGAUGCACCUGAACUUGUCCGGUCUCGGACAAUUUAUAAGGAUGAGUUUGUUCUUGAGGAAAGUAGACCUAAGGACCCUUUUAUACGCACACCAUCAACAGGAAGUGACACGGUUUCUUCCAGCGGAAGCAGCCAUUUAUCUGGCUCUCCCAGGGACACACCUUUAUCAGUGAAAGGAAAUCAAACAAGAAAAAGUGAAAAAACUAAUACUGUGAAACCUAAACAACAAACUGGAAAUUCAGCAAAUAUUGUUGGUUCAGUGAAAAUAGGUGCAUCAAAGUUAAAUGAAAAGUUUGCAAGUAAUGCAAAUAAUAGAAAAACUAACAACUCUGUUCAAAAUGGGAGUGGUUUGAAUUCAGGGGAUGAUUCAAAGGUGGAUAAUUCUGUGCCAAAACUGAAAAUUAACAAUGCAGUGUCAGCAGGAAAUUCCAAAUAUGGAUCUAUAUUACACACAAUGGCAGUGAGAAAUGCUGCAGCACAAAAUGCUACAAAAGUCAAUAGUUCAAACACAAAUGGUGCUAAAAGUGGAGGUAAAAUAACAGUGCAUGGUAUUCAUGGAGUAAAUGAUAACGAUACAGAUGACAAAGUUGCACCUUCUGAUAAAACUGUUGUGACUGAAAGUACUUAUGAAACAGUUGAUGCAGGUGUAAAGAGGAAUGAUAAUUCCAAACCGGACACAAAAGCUGCUGAAAUUAAAACAAAUGCUCAAGUAACAAAUGCAAGAAAGAAAGCUUCUCAGAAGAUGCAGAAUGUUUUGCAAGUUGUGCCCACUAAACUAACUCAAAACAUUGUAAGAACUGCUCCAAAAGGCAGUAUCAAUACUGAAAAAUCUGCAACUAAAACUGUAUCGGUGAAAACUGCUGAUAAAGUGAAUACAAGUACAGCACCAAAACAAGAAGUUGUCAGUAAUGUAAACAUGCAUUUAUUACAGUCUGCUCAAGUUCAGAGUAGAGUUUCUCCUCAGGACAAUAAUAAGACUAAGCUUACUGAGACAAAUAAUGUAGCUGAUAAAAAUGAAAGUGCUGUAGUGAAAAAACAAAAUGUGGGUAAUUCUGAUCAAGGUGCAAAGAAGGUUGAAUCUAAAAAUGGUCAAACUAAUACUGAUAAAAAUGAUAAUGUCCAACUAAAACCUGCUGAUAAUUUAUCAGGUAAAAAUGUAUCUGGUCCGCAAAGUUCUUUAGUAUCAAAUAAAGUUGUGAAGCAGUCUACUUCUGCUGAUAUUUCUAACAGACAAGGUGCACAGUCUAGGAAUUCUACUUUUAAUGUUUCAAAGAGUGCAAGUGUGAAUCAAAGACAAGUAGGUAAUGUUAGGAAAACUACAUCAAGUUAUACUCCUCGUUUCCCGUCUAAUAAUUUGGGAAAACAGAAGAGUACUUUGUCAGAUAAAUCUGAGGGAAAAGAAGAUAAGCAGAGUGCUAAUACCGCUAAUGCUGCCAUUACAACACAAACAUCAACUGACACAAAUGCUAGUGCCCCUAAUAAAUCUCAGACAACUGACAAUACAACAACAGUGAAAACAGCAAGUUCUACUUCACCAACUGAUUUGGUAUCUACAACUGUCAGUAGGUCAGCUUCUAUUAUGAAAUCUUAUAAUAUGUCAGGUGUACCCAGCACUCCAAAGUCUUCAAGUAGUAGUUCGCUAACAUCAGACACUUCAUCUACAGCAAACAAAUCUAUAGUUUCAAACAUGCCUUCCAAAAAGAAUCAAGUGUUGUCAAAGUCAAUGCAUGAGCCUUUACAAAAAACUUCAAAAAUUUCAAAUGCUAGUAUUGUCAGUAGCAGUGUUUCACAAAUGCCAAGCGUUGGAACAGUUACAAGUGAUAAAUCUCAAAGUAAGGGACUACUAAGAUCUGCUUCCAUGACAACCAUUGAUGAAGCUAAAGAAAAGAAGUUGAUGUCUUCUUCAGACACUAAAAUACAGUGUGCUACCAACUCAAACAAUGGGCGACCUUCCAGUGAUACACCAAUAGGCUCAGCUGGAACUAAAAACAAUCAUAACAAUGUUACUCCUCUAGUAGAAAUAAUGCCUGAAUGUGCUCCAAGAAUAAACAGGAAAAAUUACAUGGAUAUUAAUAAUCCAAUGACAACACCUGUCAUAGUUAAUCCAUUUGAAGAGCUUGAACAGAAAAGAGCACUUACUGCUACAGAAUUUGGCUUUGUUGUAGACAAACCAAGCAUAGAAAGAUCUAAAACUCAGGUAUCACUUAAAGGAAAAAAUGCUAAAAGUCAGAAAAAGACAGUAAACAGUUCUAAGCCAUCAUCUGCAACCACAAGAGGGUCUAGUGGAAAAAAGAAAAGGUCUAGAAGUAAAGAUGCUAACAAGUCUGAUAAUGAAAGUAGGCCUAAAAGUGGAAAAUCUGGAAGAAGGAUACGAUCUGCUAAAAGGAAAAGGAAAAUACCUGCCGAAAAUCUUGCAAAAGAAAAUGAAAAACCUGAUGUUGCCUUAAUUGGAGGUAUUGGUUGGCAAAUAGCAACAUCUUGUAUUGAUAAGUCAGAGGCUGAUGCAGUUGUUGUAAGUCAGAUAGACUCCAGUGAAUCAGACGGAGAGGAUGUUAGCAUAUUUAGACUAGCUUCUCCUGUAAACUUUGAAAUGUCUGAUAAUGAGUUACACAUACCAAAUGCUUUAGAUACUCCUUCUUCCAUGUAUUCACCAAGAUUUAAAGAAGUUAGACCUCCCUUUGAAAACAAACAUGAGGAAGAUCUCCCAAUGGCAGACAAUGAUGGAUAUAGGCCUAUGAAUCUGGACAUGACUCAAAAUAGUUUAUCACAGAAUAGAGCAGGUGUGAUCAUAAAACAGGAUAUGCCUGGAGAUAUUAGUAAUUUCUUGUCUAAGCUCAGGGAAGAUGAAAGUGAUAUAUUUGAUGAUGAUAAUGACAUUUAUGAUGAUGAAGAUGAUUAUGGUGAUGAAGAAGAUAUAGAAGAUAUGUUACACAGGCAAGUUGUAAUUGGGCAGUUAACACCAAUACCUGAAUCCCCAUCUCUUACUAACACAAAUUCAACAUUGAAAUAUGUAGCAAAAACAGUUGAUGCUAUAAAUAGGUUUGAUAAGAAUAUGAAAGAUGAAGAUCUGAGUAAAUUAUUGGGUACUACCCCAAGGGAUAAAGUCUCUGCAUCCUCUGAUAGAAGUAGUGCUAACAUGGGUAGAAGUGGACCUGUCAGAAAUUGUGGAGGAUCUCUUAGAUCUGCUGCAUCACAGAAAGACUCAAAACAAUCUUCUUCAGGAUCUGCUAUGUCGAGAAGUUUACCGUCAAGGAAUUCAUCAUCAAAAACAAACAUGUCUAGAAUUUCAAACCUCAGUUCAGAAAUAAGAGAAAAGGCAAGUAAGGUCUUUGGAAAUUCUCAACUAUCUCCCAAUUCAAGUGCUGCAAUAAGAGAUUCAAACUCAAGGAGUAAUUCGGUAAAUAAGAGUCGUUCCAAUAGUCUGAGAAAAAGCUCAUCCAGAGAAAAGUUAUAUACUGAGAAAGAUUACUCACAAGGUAGUGAAAGUAAACCUGUUAUUGAAUCUCCAAGGAAUGAUAUGAAUUCUGAGACAAAGGAAAGAAUUGAUUCUAAAAUAUCAGACCUUAAAAAAAUGCUUGCAGACAAAAUGCAGAAAACUCAAAAGUUGUUAAAUGAGUCGACACAAAAUAAUUCAUACAAAAAGAGAAAACAAAUUGAUGAAGAUCAAGACAGUAGUGAAACUUGUGAAAAUGAUGUUAAGUUGAAUAUUAAUGAGUUAACUGAGGAAAAUUUGAAAGCAUUUGACACAAGCAGAACAGAAGAUGAUAUGAAGUCAACCAGAAGUUCAAGAAAGGAAAGAAGGUAUUCAGAAACAAAGAAAGUAGAAGAAAAAGAUGAGGAUAUGAAAGAAGCUAUUGAUGAAAUUUUAAGUAACACUUUCCCUUCUUCAAGGUCGAAUAUGAAAUCAGUAAAUUCUUUUAAGAGUGGAAAUAGUACUCUCACUGAAGCAGAUAGGAAAGUUUUAAAGAAAAUGGUACAAGAGAAUCAAAAUCAUGCAUCUCCUUUCCAUGCCAAAGAAAGUGUAAGAGUGUCUAGUUCAUAUGAUGAUAGUGUAACACUAAAUAAAGAUAAUCCAGAGCUCAUGAAAAGAUUUAAUGCCGAAAAAUUUGAAAUGGGACAAAGAAUGAAGGCAAUGAUAGAUGCUGGUGCUGAUCAAUCUAAAGUAAAGGCAAUGGUUAAAGCUGAUAAUAAUGAAGCAAAACAACUGGCUAGAAUAAUGAACAGUUUCCGACAAAUGGAACUGUAUGCUGGGCCUCACAGUACCAAUAAUAAUAGGUCGGCCAAAAAGGAAACACCUAGAAGAGAAGGAGAGAAUAUGCAUAAAAGUUUGUCAAGGUUUGAUAAUCCUCACAGUUCACAUCAGUUGGGCAUACCACCUCGGCCCGGCUCUGCUGGUGCAGGCAGAAUGAAACCAGGGAAGUUCACUGAGAUAAAGGGAGGUAAAUCUGCAUCACAUGUCGGAGAACGCUCAAACAGUCCUGUUAAUGUUCCUAAGAAUCUGGCUGACGAGUUCAAGAGAAGUCCAUUUAGAGAAGUUAGCAGUCUGCAGGAAGAAAACAUUAAUGAACUGGCUAAUGUCAUUAAAAUUACAUCUCAAAGCAGUGAGGAUGACCAUCUUAGUCUAGAAGAUGAUGAAAUAGAGAGGGCAGAUAGUGCAUGUACAACAUUAAGUUCUCAAUCUUCAAUAAUGGAGGAAACUAUACAAUGGAAGAAAGGAAAUGUGCUCGGCAAAGGAGCUUUUGGAACUGUAUGGUGUGGUUUGACAAGUGAAGGACAACUUAUUGCAGUCAAACAGAUAGAAUUAAAUACAACCAAUCAGAAUAAAGCUAAGAAGGAAUAUGAGAAAGUCCAGGAGGAAGUUGAACUUCUGAAGACUUUGGAACAUAAAAAUAUUGUAGGAUACCUUGGUACAAGUCUAGAGGACAGUGUUGUCAGUAUAUUUAUGCAGUUUGUACCAGGUGGAUCUAUAGCCAGUAUAUUAGCAAGGUUUGGUGCCCUAGAUGAAGCUGUGUUCAGAAAAUACACAAAACAGAUUCUUGAAGGAGUGGAAUAUCUCCAUGCCAAUGAUGUCAUCCACAGGGACAUAAAAGGAGGAAAUGUGAUGCUGAUGCCAAAUGGAGUGAUAAAACUGAUAGAUUUUGGUUGUGCUAAGCGACUAUGUAUAAAUCUCAGUAUGGGCCAGUCUCAGAUACUAAAAUCCAUGAAGGGGACACCAUACUGGAUGGCACCAGAAGUUGUGAAUGAAACAGGUCAUGGGAAAAAAUCUGAUAUAUGGAGUGUUGGAUGUACAGUAUUUGAGAUGGCCACAAGGAAACCACCAUGGGCAGAAAUGAACCCAAUGGCAGCCAUAUUUGCUAUAGGAUCAGAUAAACCUGUACCACAAUUACCCGAGAAGUUCACUGAGGAGGCCAAAGAUUUUGUUAAUUGUUGCCUUACAAAGGAUCAGGCAAAAAGACUAUCAGCCACCCAGCUUUUACAGACAACGUUCAUGAAGAGAAGAUCAAAGAAAAGCUCCUCAACUUGUUGAUACAGAGAUAACAUGUUCAGUCAAUACUUGAUAAAGCUGGAGGGAACCAAUAAAAAUUCUCAGAAUGUGAGGUGCAUGGGGAUAGAGGAAAAA